CCUGCGCAUUGUGGGGAGCGGCGGGCUGCAGUCGAGGCGCCGGGCGCGGAGCCGGCGGCGGAGCGCGGUGCGGCUGCGGGAAGGCGCGGGGGGCCCCGCCGCCCCCGGGAUAUCGGGCCAGAGCGAUGGAGCGGCGGUCACCGGCUGCGGCCGCCGGCCUGGGCAGCGGGAUGCGCCGCCCGCCGCACUAAGGCGGUGGUGAACCCCGAGGCCGGCGGUCGUGUGUGAGCGCGGCUGAGGCGGCUGCAGCGGCGGCGGCGGCGGCUCCUCCCGGCGGCCUCCUCGGUGCCGGCGCGGAGCUGUGCGGGGUUGUGCGGGCAGGGGGCCGCGGCGCCGCCCCCGCCUUCUCCCGUUUCCCCCCUCGCCCGGCCCGGCAGAGGCGGGCGGCCGGGGUUCCCCCGCGGCGGGGUGCGGCAUGAGCGCGGCGCCCUGAGGGGCCGGCGGAGCGGGGCUUACCCCCGAGCAGCCUCCCCCGGGGACCGCGGCCGGCGGAUCGGACUCGGCUGGGGCCUGCCAUGACUCCCCUGGCUCCUCCCAUGGUAUGAGCCCGCGCUCUCCUCCCCCCCCUCCGCCUGCUUUUGGUCUUUCUCCGCUCCUGGGCUGUCAGAUGGGAUAAAAAACACCCGGGCGUGCGGGGCUCGACGCUGCCGCGAGGGAGCGAGGCAGAGGCAAGCGGUGACGGCCGUCGGCUCGCCCGGAGUCGAAGAUGAGCUGGCGGUGGGCUCGCCAGCACCGGAACGGCGGCCCCUCCGUCCUGCCGCUGCUGCUGCUGCUGCUGCUCUGGCACUGCCGGCUCCGGCCGGCCGGCGCCGACAACGCCAGCCAGGCGUACUACACCGCCCUCAUCAACGUGACGGUGCUGAGCCCCGAGCGGGGCGGCCCCACGCUGCUCAGGAUCGACCGCGGCCGCUACGGGCAGGAUUCCCCCAAGGUGGAGGUCAAGGGCCUGCUGGUGGCUCCCGUCCCCAUCAACGGAGUUGCGGACCGCCUGGGCUGUGACCCUCGGACACGUUUCCAAGUUCCACCAAACACCAAGCAGUGGAUUGCUUUACUGCAGCGAGGAAACUGUACGUUUAGAGAGAAAAUACUGCGAGCAGCUUCGCAUAAUGCCACAGCUGUGGUCAUUUACAACAAUAUAUCCAGUGAAGAACCUGUCACAAUGACUCAUCAAGGAACUGGAGACAUUGUUGCUGUCAUGAUUACAGAAUCAAAGGUUAAGGAGAUCCUGAAUUAUUUGGAAAAGAAUAUCUCGGUCCUGAUGGCAAUAGCAGUGGGGUCCCGUGUUCCUCCAAAAAACUUCAGUCGGGGCUCUCUAGUCUUUGUGUCAAUAUCAUUCAUUGUUUUGAUGAUAAUUUCUUCAGCAUGGUUAAUAUUUUACUUCAUCCAGAAGAUCAGGUAUACAAGUGCACGUGACAGGAAUCAGCGUCGUCUUGGAGAUGCUGCCAAGAAAGCCAUUGGUAAAUUGACAACCAGGACAGUAAAGAAGGGUGAUAAGGAAACAGACCCAGACUUUGAUCAUUGUGCUGUCUGCAUUGAGAGUUACAAGCAGAAUGAUGUUGUUCGCAUUUUACCAUGCAAGCAUGUUUUCCACAAAGCCUGUGUUGAUCCAUGGCUUAGUGAGCACUGUACGUGUCCAAUGUGUAAACUGAACAUUUUGAAGGCACUGGGAAUUGUGCCAAACGUGCCAUGUACAGAUAAUGUAGCCUUUGACAUGGAAAGGCUCACCAGAGGCCAGCCAGCUAGCAGGCGAUCAGCACUUGGCGACUUUGCCAAUGACAGCUCUCUCAGCCUGGAGCCCUUGCGCACCUCUGGGAUGUCACAGCUUCCACAGGAUGGAGAACUGACACCAAGGUCAGGAGAGAUCAACAUUGCUGUGACAAGCAGUCACUUCUUUCAUCGUAACUCUUUGUCCCCUCGAAGCCUGGUCUACGAGAGUGAGUUCUCAAGCAUCGAGCCUGCCUUGGACAUGUAUGACGAGAACAAAACCUGAAAGGAAUCCAUGCUCCUUCCUGGCCCUUUUUACGUUUUUUUUCAUUUCUCAUUCCUAUUGUUGUGUACUCUUUCCAUGGAUCUCCUUUGUCUGAAGAAGAGCUGCUUUUUCCAGAACAUGAACCCGCCUUCUCGAUUGCAAAGACGAAGACCAGCUGUGGUGGUUUCUGAGGGUGGCAUCUUUGAGCUGACAAAGAGUUGCACGCAAGCAAGAUUGUCUGAUGGAAAUUGCUGAGUAACAGCAUGGGGAGCUGUGUCAGUCCAGCCGCGGCGAUGCAGAAGAGGUUUUACGGUGGUCCUAAGAGUUUGUGUUGUACUGCAAAUGCGUCUCUUACACAGGCGUCUGCUGUUUCCAUUUUUUUAAUUGUCCAGAUGGUUGGGCAAUGUCAGAAAGGGAACGGGUUGCAGAGGAGAUGGCCAGUGACUGGUAAAAGCACUCGUAUAUCUUGGUCAAUCCAUAACCUAACUGUGAAAUAGCCCCUUCUGAAAGGGACCUUUCUAAGUGCAUUCAGUUUCCUACAACCCACAUAACCCUGGACAAUAGCAAGCCAGUCUGACGGUAAAGCUGCAGAGAGGACCUGCAUUUGCAGAAAGAUUUCGAGGAACUUGAUCCUUGUUUUUUUUCUCCAAUUCAAUUGAAGCAGAAGAAAAACGGCCUACACAGAAUAUACUUUUGGGCCUUCCAUGUGCUCCAGUCAAGUGAGUCUUUCUACAGAGAGGACAUUCACAGAACCAGCACUUGAUCUACCUGAAAACCAUUAGACUUUUUGAAAUAUGCAGGAAUCUAAUUAGCUUUCUCACUUAACUUUUUUUGGGGGGGGAGGGGGGUUAAAAGAAUCCACCAAAUUUUUCACUGAGGUUUUUUAAAAGCCAGCAUGUUGGCAUUACACAGAGAAGAAAAGAGGUAAGCUUCUCAUCCCAUUCUCCUAUUGAGAUCUGCAACAGCUAAAUAACAAACACAUUCUCUAAGCCAUGCCCUUUCCCACUGACAUCAAUAACAGGAAUGCAGAAAGCAGCAGAAGAAAGGAAAGCAGCAACCGCUUUGACACUGAAGGAAAAAUCAAUUUUUACCGGCAGGUGACAUAAGCAGUGGGGAAAUUAAUAUUGUUUCCAAGCUUUUGAAUGAGUAAUGCAGAAACGGAGAGAAAGAGAGGAACCUCUGGAGUUCAGUUGUCCACAGUGUUCCUCAAAUGAGCAGACAUGGAAGAGCGAGCGCUUCUGCUCUACCUUUUCCUACUGGACAAUGCUUAUCUGUUUAAUGAAUGUUUGGAUUUUUCUCCAUUGCAGUCUAAGUUACUGUAGGUGUAGAAACGCAUUUGUGUCCUUGUAAUGUGAAACAAAUCUUCACCCUUUGUAUAGGAAUCUUGAGAAAUCAGUUAAGCCAAAAAGAAAGGUAAGACAUAUCCUGCCACGCGUUAAUUUCAUCUACUUUUGCUACAGGCGAGGGAAUUUCCCCUCCUUUAUUAUGUUUUUUAAUUGUAUAGCAGUCUGCUUGACGUAUAUCCUUACCUGAAGUGUGGUUCAGCUGUGUCUUUAACACAGAUGUGUAAGAGAAAAAGAAAAACCCAGCUCUGUAAAAUGAGGAAACGAUCCUCUUUGCAGAGUGUGCUUUGACUUUUGUUGCUGUGCGUCAGCUUUAUUUAAUCUGAUAAUUCAAGAGUGGGUGGUGUGAAGUGUAGGGAGGUUUUUCUCAUAAUACUCACAUUUAUAUUUACCAAAUGCACUUUUACUGUCAUUCAGCUCACUCUAGAAAUACGCUUAAACCCCAAACAUUUUAAGAGCACAAUAUAACACCCACUUUCUCCUACAAAGCAGAAGUGAAGGUUGCAGUAAAUGCCAGCCAGUGGCUUGAGUGGCAGCAGGUCGUGGUCAGCAUCCUUCCUCUCCUUGCAGAUGUGCACAGCGGGGCAGCUCCCGACAGCACCGGCAAGCCCGGGCAGAGCUCCCAAACCCAGCCUGGCUGAGCUGCUCUCAGGCCCGUACGGGGCUCAGUGGCGGCAGAAGGGCUGAUUGAGCAAACCACUGUUUUUUGUAAUUAUAUCUGUGAGAUCACAGCAGGCAGACAUGUGAGAGCGGGGGACUUCUGGAAACAAAUGCCCAAAAGAAAAAUCAAAAUAACCAUCUCUCAAGGAUGUUAUAGGGCUUGUUUUUAUCCAUGGUGGCAGUCAGGUUACACUAAACUGGCAAGCACCGUAGUGUUCUUGGUUAAAUACAAAAAUAUCUGAGUGACAGCCUACCCUGUGCCGCAAGCCGCGGCUGCCGGCACCACGGCGAAAGCGCAAGCUCAGUGCAGAGCCCCGCCAGCGGGCUUUGGGUAGGAGAGCCCGUUGUAGCACUGCGCGGGGCACAGAUGCUCCAAGCAAAUCCUUCUUGUAGGGGCUGCCUCAGCUCGAUACGGGGAUUUGUCCCAAGGCCACUGGGAGUGUCACCAGGGCACGGUUUUGACAUGGAAACAAAACACUUUCUCAGCUCUGGCUGAGACCGUUUGCACCAGCUGUGUACCAGAGUAUACAGAAAAGCCUGAAAAUGAAUGGAAAUUAAACUGAGAAAGCACACAGCCCCCAAAGACAAUAAAUAAUAUAAUUUA